AUGGCAACACCUAUUGACCUUGAUACAAAUGUACAAUGGAGAAGAGCCACCUAUGUUGGCGUGGUUGGCAGAACAAAGGAAGCUCUUCAGGAUCCUAAACAUCUAGUUUUCCCACAAGUAUUUCAUGACACCUUGGUUGGUAAAGGUUGUGCCUCAUGCAUUCACCCGAGUGGAUUAAAGGAGGGUGAGCCUGCUAUCUUUUUCUUUGUACAAGAUAUUCCUGAGAUGAAAACAAAAGUAAGGUUCACUCUUAUUCGAAAGUUCAUGCUAGGGCACCCCAAAAUGGAGUUGAUGAGGAACUUCUUUGAAUCUCUGCAAUUUAUUGGGUCUUGGCAACUAGGCUUAUUGGAUGGAAGACAUCUCCUCAUUCAAUUGACAAUGGAAGAGGAUUAUGCAAGAUUGUUUGCAAAACAAUCAGUAAUGAUAGUUGGCUCAUCAAUGAAGAUUUUAAAAUGGACUCCAGAUUUUGACCAUAGCAAGGAUCCACCUGUGGUUCCUAUAUGGUUUAAAUUUCUAGGCCUCCCUUUACACCAAUUUAAGUUAAAUGCUUUAUUUAACAUAAGUAGUGUUAUUGGCAUGCCCUUAAAGGUGGACACUCCAACCUACAACAAGGUCAGACCAGCUCUUGCUAGAAUCUUCAUUGAAAGGGACAUCACCCUCCCUGAGAUGAAGAGAAUCUAG